UCUUUGCAUAUAUUUUCUUCCGUCUCACAAGAACCAUUCCAUUUCCACGCGCUUCACUUCCCACUCUCUCUCUCUCUCUCUCUCUCUCUCUCACUAUAUCCUCCUCCUUCUCCUUCCUCGUUAUUCGUUCUUUAACUUUGAACGCAUCGAGAUUUCCAAAACCCCUUCUCUUUUUUUUUUUUUUUUUUUCCUUUUUUUUUCUUUACCAUUAUGUAAACAGUUGAUCCCAUUGACCACCCCUGUGGUUUUUUUCUAUUUCUUUUUCCUUUUGCGAGAUCGAUUGCAUAGUGAAAGAGAGGGUAUUGGGUAUUUGAAAGUUCGAGCUUUUUCAGUCUUGGUUGGUCAUGGAGAAUCGUAGUGAUGCUGAAGCUAGUCAAUUUUUGAGUUUGUCUUCGGCAUUGUCGUAUGGGAUUGCUUCCAUGGCCAUGGUUUUUAUCAACAAAGCAAUUCUUAUGGAAUAUUCAAAUUCAAUGACCCUUCUAACUCUGCAGCAAUUGGCAACUGCCUGUCUUAUACACUUUGGCCGAAGAACAGGGUACACAAAAGCUAGAAGUUUAGAAAUGGCAACGGCUAAAAAGCUUCUGCUAGUGUCGCUAUUCUAUAAUGCUAAUGUGGCAUUUGCAUUGGCAAGCUUGAAGGGAGUUAAUAUUCCAAUGUAUAUUGCAAUAAAGAGACUCACACCACUUGCUGUACUCAUUGCUGGAUUCUUCUCAGGAAAGGGGAGACCUACAACGCAGGUCACUCUUUCAGUUAUAUUAACUGCUGCAGGUGUUGUCAUAGCUGCACUGGGAGAUUUUUCUUUUGACCUUUUCGGAUAUAGCAUGGCCCUUACUUCUGUUUUUUUCCAGACCAUGUACCUUGUUUUGGUGGAAAAGUCUGGUGCAGAGGAUGGGUUAUCGUCAGUUGAGAUAAUGUUUUAUAACAGUUUUCUGUCUCUUCCAUUUUUGUUGUUUCUCAUCAUAGCUACAGGAGAGUUUCCAAAUUCUUUAUCAAUACUAUUCGCAAAGAGUAAUUCAUUAUAUUUUUUGGUGAUCCUUCUCGUUUCGUUGGUGAUGGGCAUUGUACUCAACUUCACCAUGUUCUGGUGUACCGUUGUGAAUUCUGCUCUGACAACAACCAUUGUUGGGGUCCUCAAAGGUGUUGGGUCCACGACCCUUGGUUUUGUCGUUUUGGGUGGUGUGCAAAUCCAUGCUUUGAAUGUGACAGGUUUGAUGAUCAACACAGCUGGAGGGGUGUGGUAUUCAUAUGCCAAAUAUCAGCAAAAGAAGAACAAAUCCACAAAAAUGGUGGUGGAUGUUGAGGCUCAUCGUAAAUAAUUUUUAUUUAUUUUUUUUUUUAAAGAAAAAAAGUGAUCAUUGACAUUGGAAGAAGAUUUCUGUAUCAUUAGCAUAUUUCAAUCCAAUUUUCUUUUUCAUUCA